UCCCUCCUCUAUUUAUUUCCCUGUGAGGAGGGUCAUAGGGUCCAUGGGAACACCUGGUGUAUGGGGCGAUGCUGUUAUGUAAUGGGGGCAAUAACAUUAUUAUGUAUCUAAUAUGGGCGAUUGAAGGAGGAAAUAUUGGAUUCUCACAAGUACAGAACUACCCCACAAUGUGUGUGCCCCAUGUUUACUGACAAAUAGGGACAGUAAAUAACAUAAAUAGAAAGAUGCAGAAUAUUGCCAAGGUCACAGCAGAACAUUUCUCCGCUCUUUUGCACUCCGCACUAGUCCUUACUUUGCACUCGGCUCCGUGGCCCUGAAUCUCCGAUAAGCAGCAUCAGAAAUAGCCAUCUCUUUACUUUUGGCGUAGUUGUUUGUGUCAGACUGAGGAGCAAGAUUGGAACAUUCGACAUCACAAUCAAUACUGAGCUGAUAACCCCAUAAUGAGGGGAACGGACUGGAGCUGAUUUUCUAUUUUAAGGAUCCUGUCAGUCAUGCUGCGAUUCUUCACCCUCCUCGCUCUGUGCAGCAUUGCACAAUGCUGCCCCACCAUCCUCACUAAAUCCCAGUGGGGGGGACGUAGUCCAACUUGCAGGACAGCCAUGAGCGUUCCAGUCCCCUAUGUGAUUAUCCACCACACUGAAGGAACCGCCUGCUCGUCCAAGUCCACCUGCACCACUCAAGCCAAGAACGUCCAGAGCUACCACAUGAACUCCAAUGGUUGGUGUGACGUAGGUUACAGCUUUCUGAUAGGAGGAGAUGGCUCGAUAUUUGAAGGCCGUGGCUGGACAUCUGUUGGUGCUCAUGCUCCAAACUACAACUCUAAAUCCAUCGGUAUCAGCUUAAUCGGCAGCUUCACAAAGAGUAACCCCACAACCGCAGCCCAGAACGCUGCCAAAAGUCUCAUCAGUUGUGGAGUCUCCAAAGGAUAUAUCAAGUCUACCUACAUCCUGAAGGGACAUCGUAACGUCACCGCAACUGACUGCCCUGGAAACACCUUUUACAACACUGUGAAGACCUGGCCCCGCUUUCAGGCUUAGGACCUUGCUAAAUUGUGGACCCACAGAAGAUCCUUACCGAUCCUUGAGUUCAGCAUCAAGUCCAACCAUUGUGACAUCCCCUUGAUCAGGAAGAGACAUCUCUUGUGUUUGGAAUGAUUCAGCAUUGCCACAUUAUACGCAUAUAGCAAGAAACCAAUAAAGAACCUGUGAGAGAACUGUGCAGACUCAGAGUGAUGUAUGAUCAGUCUACAGGGUGCAUUACUAAAAAACAGCUUAUAAUACCACAGAAAGAUGCUGCACCCAGUCACACACAUGUACAGGUAAAGUACAUCUCCAUACACCUCAUCUACAUUCAUAAACACCUUAAAUGGGUACCCUGCCCCUAGACAUCUUAUCCCCCCGAUCUCGGCUGCGGCACCCCAGACAUCCGGUGCAUGGAGCUAACUUCGACUGGUGAUGCGGGGCGGAGGCUCGUGACA